UUUGUUGGUUCCGCCAAUGUAGGCUAUACUUAUUCAUUUUACGAGCCAGGACAAGCCCCUGAUACGGCAUUUAUCUGGAAGACAGUGUUGAGUGGUGACUGCAGUACUACAUGUGCUGGAGAUGGGAGCCAGAGCCGUGGGGUAUGUGUUCUCAUCGAUGUGGAAACGGCAAUAGAACAAGGCGGGUACCCUGUGUUCAACAAGUAGCACAAUUCACUUAUAGUGAAGUGGAAUCUCGUCACUGUAACGCCAGUAUUCGACCACAUCGAUCCGAACCUUGUAAUCAAAUAGCGUGUGGAGCUGCUUGGGCCGUUGAUCAUUGGUCUGAGUGUGUUUUAGUUAAUGGCUCAUUGAUUGCCACAAGAACGGUGAGAUGUCAAAAUAUUUUGGGGAACGGUACGGUCAUCAAUGCUGACCCUAAGGAGUGUACUGAAGUUGAUAAUAUUAUUCUAAAAUCUGUUAAAAACUGUACCUUCACAACAACAAGCACCAGUCCAACGACAGCAAAAGGUCCUGAUGUUGAAACCUCAAUAGGUAUAUGGCUACCAAUAACAGUAGUGGCCUCUAUAAUCGCCGCUUUCUUGAUCUUCUUGUUCAUAUUCAUCCUUUACCGCACUGGUUACCUGGCGUGUCACUACAAGCGUGGCAAAGCAUCAUUCGAAGGUUUAAAACUUGAACAUGCAGAAUCAGUCGAAGCGUAAAUCUGGAGAUAAAUCGACUUUAUUUUCUGAGGGUACACUAGACAGUCACAGACUGCUGAACUUGUGGGCUAUCAUCUCUUUAUCACGACUAGUACUUUAGCUAAUAAUUAUUUCGGUAAUAAUGACUGAAGCAUUUGAAUUUAGAUGGACCCAAUGAUGACCUCUGUGGUGUUCCACAACAUAGUGUGUAACACGCGACGCUAGUCAUCACAAGGGAAUUCGAGGGAUUUUACAAUCAACAGUUACCUUAAUCAUCUAUUGUCAUGACCAGUUCUUUUGUUGAUCAUUAAUACCAUUGAAACAAUUGAGUUGAGAUGGACCCAGUGAUGAACUCGGUGGUAAUCCUAAGUACACGACAUCACAAGGCCAAAAUGAACAAGGCUAGACUGUCACUAAGCACAAACACCAAUAGGGAUCUACCUAAUGAAGGCGUAGCCUUCGGAGAACAUUUGUUUGAAAUUAUUUAUAAUUAACUCAAAGUCAUAAGUUAUUUCUUUCUUUCUUUCUUUCAUUCAUUCAAAAAGUUUGCUCGUUCUAGAUGGGAAAUAUUCAAACUGUAAUGCACAUUAUUGUAGUUAGAUUUUUAAAUGAAUAAUGUACAUAAACUAUACGAAGAAAUUGUAUUAUUCAAACCUCAAAAUGUGAUAAAGUGCUGAAUACCACAAUAAAAAAAUGUAUAGCGCAUAGCGCACGUCACGUGA